AUGUAUGAAUCAUCUAUUUUAUCAUCUACAGAUCAACAAUCAAUUAAUGCUGAAAAAUAUUUUCUUUCAUUUGAAUUAGUUUGUACAUCAAAUCAUCCUCGAAUAGUUGAUACUUCACUUGAUUGUCUUCAAAAACUUGUUUUACAUGGACAUUUACUGGGAAGUGUUGCUGAUCCAAUUGAUCCAUCAAAAUUAUUAAUUGAUCGAAUUGUAUCAACAAUAUGUAUGCGCUUUCGUGGUGUACAAACAGAAGAACAAGUUGAAUUACUAAUAAUCGAAGAUUGUUUUCGAUUUUAUUGUUUAAAAAAAAAAGACAUGUUGAUUUUAAAGGCACUUUUAACUAUAAUGACAUCUCAAGUAAUUGAAAUUCAUCAACGUAGUGUUUUACAAAUAAUGAAAACAUGUUUUAAUAUUUAUUUAACAAGUCGUUCCAAAAUUAAUGAAGCAACAGCACAAGGAUGUUUAUUACAAAUGUUAAAUGGAAUAUUUUCAAAAAUGAAACAAAAUUUUGUUCUUAAUGAAUAA